AUGGCCUUCUACGUCCCUGCCAGAUUCUCAAGUUUCUUGAACAAUGAGCAACCGACCUCCGCGCGGCGCGGAGAAAACAACAACAACAACAACAACAACAACAGACUGGGCCCUGCCUCGUGUCAAAAGACGCCGCGCAGCAAGGGCAUUUAUAUUCAUGAGCUCGAGACAAAAAUCGAAGCACUGACUAAGCGGUUGCGCCUGGCCACGGGAUCCGAUCAAUCAAGCAAGACACUUUCAUCGCUGUGGACUCCCCUUCAUGAUCCUUCAAUUCUCUAUCCAGAGUUCUCACCAAAGUCUGCUAGCAACGAGCAACAAGGGACGCCUUCUGACGCUUUUGAAGAGGAAGAGAUCAGCGAGGUAAACCGACACACUAAUGCCAUCGAGUUCCAUGGUAACACUUCUUCUGCCGCGGCCUUGGGCCAUUUGCAACGCGCUUGCGAGCCCUUGCAGAACAUAGCAAAGGAGACCUAUACCUCUUUUGAUCAGCAUGCUGCCAAUCCUAAACCGCAGGAUUCUCUGAUAUCAACUCUACACAACCCUAAUUUUUCUUUAUUUCAACUACAUGUAACCCACGAUAAAGAGAAGCGUACGGCCCACACAAAAGACGGCUAUAGGGAUAAUAACAACAGUUCAUCGAAUGAUGGGAUCAAUGCUGAUACUAUGUUUAGGCCAAGAUUUGCCAGAAUGAACUUGCGCCUCACUAACCUGGUGAAAUGUCAGUAUACCCAGCUCCACUGCCGAGAUUACAAACUAACCAGACAAUACCAUGACAGAGAAUUGUCGUUUUCCCUCGGCCGUCCUGAUACACUCGGCCUGGACGAAUACCACAAUCGCUGCCAACCAAGCCGUGACGGGCACUCCGAAUACACUAUCAUCCCCAUCGUGGUCGACUUGGCUCACAUCAUUCGCCUGGUCUCAAUUGAUAUUUAUCAUUCUAGGAUCCCCAUACAGCAGAAAAUGAAGCACUCUUUGAAGAUCGAACAAAAAUUGGAUACUUGGCUGAAUGGGCUUCCAAAAAUUUUGCAGCCGGAUUUUGGGCAGCCCGGCGGAAACACAUAUACAUCUAUAUCUGCCUUGCGUGAUCCGAAAUGGUCUAGAAGGCAGAGACUUGUGUUGGGAAUUCGAGUAGGAGGCGAUAACCGCACGGAUGAAGCCCAAAGGCUGUUAGAAAUAGCAGCCAAAAAGUGUCUAGAUUCAGCGAGGAAGACUGUUGAGGUCAUAUACGAGACUUUUCGGCAGUACACGUUUUUUCGAUGUUGGUGGUACAAUACGACAUAUAUCAUGUUCGCAGUCACAAAUAUUCUUCUCCCGCUAUCUAGGAGGUCGUCCUCGUUUCUCAACAUUCAGGAAACCAACCUGCUCAUCGAGAGUAUAAACAAAUCCAUUGAAAUUCUCGAGGCAAUGGAGGAGUCUGUAGUAGCUACGGAGUCAGUUGCGAUUGUCAAAACUCAUCUUAGAGAAUAUUGCCAUGGCAGCAAUCAGCCUAGUCAGGAAGCCGGCCACAGCAUCAUAAAUGCUGCUGCUGGUACCCUACAAAAGGAUGCGAGUAACGAUACUGCACUAGCGGAUUUGGGGGAGCUGCAGUUUGAUGAUUUUAUUCCGGUGCGUGUUUUUCUUUUGCUCGUUACUUAA